AGCUGUGCGGUCAGGAGUUUGCAGCCCAUUCCUGUGGGAUAUUUCAGCACUGCCGUGGCAGUGGGGGGGGGAUAACAACACCCCCAGUUUGUGCGGAACCCAUCAGCUAUUUACGGCACUUGUGUACCUCCAUUUCCAUAGUAUGCGAGUGCCUUGCAACAAGGCCAUUAUCUUGACAGUGCCCGUGUGAGGUCGGGAGAUGCUCUUACCUCCACUGAACGUAUGUGGGACACAGAGACCGAGUGACUUGUCUGGGGAGGAGCAGGGACUGGAACCUGGUUCUCCUGAGUCCAGGCCGGCACCCUGACCACAGCCCCUCCUUUUGUGUUCAGCUGCUUGGGGCUCUCUAUGUAUGAGCCAGUCUGCACUGCGCCCUCUGCCAGGAGGUCAUUUCGGACUUCGACAUGACUCUCAGCAGGUUUGGAUUUAACGGACGACGAUGCCCCACUUCACACAAUAUCCUAGAUAACAGCCGAGUCAUUAGCGAAGAAGGCAGGAAGAAGUUAAAAGACCUACUGCACUAUUACUAUCCCAUUGAAAUUGACCCCAACCAGACCAUGGAAGAAAAACGUCCCCUCAUGGUGGAAUGGUGGACCAAAGCCCACAACCUUCUGUUGGAACAGAAGAUUUUGAAAAGUGACAUAGCCAAGAUCGUCAGAGAAUCCGAGGUGAUGCUCAGGGAUGGAGCUAACACCUUCUUUGACCAACUCCACCAGCACAACAUCCCCCUGUUCAUCUUCUCGGCCGGCGUGGGCGACGUCCUGGAGGAGGUCCUCCGGCAGGCCGAGGUGUUCCACCCGAACAUCAACGUGGUGGCCAACUACAUGGACUUUGAUGACAAGGGCGUCCUGAGACGAUUUAAAGAGCCGCUGAUCCACACCUACAACAAGAACAACACGGUCCUGGAGAAGGCUGAGCACUUCCAGCUGCUGAGCAGCAGGACCAACAUCAUCCUGCUGGGGGACUCGCUGGGAGACCUGAGCAUGGCAGACGGGGUUCCCAACGUGGAGAACGUCCUCACAGUCGGAUUCCUGAACGACAAGGUGGAUGAGCGACGAGGAAAGUACCGGGACGCCUAUGACAUUGUGCUGGAGAAGGAUGAGACUCUGGACGUGGUCAACGGGAUCCUUUGUUACAUCCUUGGAGACCUGAACUGAGAGCCCAGGAUCCUGAUUUCGGCCUCUCAGGAUAGUGUCUUGGGACCGUGCUUCCCAUGGCAGUCAGGGCAAUCUGAAUCCACGAGGGAGUCCCCCCGCCAACCUCCCAGCUCCCUCCUGGGCUUUUAUAAAUACCCUUUUGUUUGUCAGUCCUGGGGUUGAGAGGUGAGCUGGAGAAACACUCUGCUUGCCCCAACUCAAACCCCAGCCCCCAAGCGGCUCUGCUCAAACCCCAGCCCCCAAACGGUGCUGCUCCCAGCUCGGGUCCCAACCCAUGGAAGUUCAAGACCCACUAACGCAAGGUCGUCGUUUGGCUGGCGGUGUGGCUGGUGACUGUCACAGCAGUGCAGAAUUAAAGCUCCCUUGCAGAGCUGGGGACCAACGUGUUUAAA